AUGGAUACAAAUGACCUAGAAAAGGUUGAAGCGACGAUUGAUGAGAGGACCAAAUUCGUCUUCACUGAGACUAUCAGCAACCCCAAGUUCGCAGUAGCAGACUUGGAAGGUCUUUCAGCUAUUACCCGACGUGCAAAGAUUCUUCUAAUCGUGGAUGCUAACUUUCCAGCUGCUGGCUUCUUCUGCCAGCCAGCCAGAUUUGGUGUCGAUAUCAUCAUCCACUCAGCUACCAAAUGUAUCGGUGGUCAUAGAACGACGUUGGGGGGAGUUGUAAUUGAGGGGAGUCAAUUGCAAGGUGAAGUCCUUGAAGGCUCCUGUUUGCAGGCCGCAUUUUCUACUCCCAUGGCGCUAUUGGUGAUUUAUUCUAUCACUAGCACCAUAUAA